AUGCACUAUCGCCCUCAAGACGAGGAUGAAGACGACUAUGAGGAACCACAACGACCGCAACGACCGCCACCUGCUGCGCGCGCACUGAACAGACAGAGUCGAGCGCCGCAAGGUCCCCCAAUCCCUAAGGGCCAGGCCAUUCCGUCUAUCCGCUCCUACCAUGGAAACCAAUUCAAGACGUUUGAGCCCAGACGAUUCAAAUGGAAUUAG